AUGAGUGGUAAUCUAAGUAGAAUUAUUCAGGAUGCUCAACAGUUUUUGACAAAAAUGGAAGCAUCAUUUAAUGAUAUGCAAUCAAAAGUCAAAUCAAAAACAAUAUCUCCAGGAGAUUACGCUCAAAUUAACAAAACUAAUUUGGAAACUUUAGAAAAUAUGAUCAUUAACAUGUCGAAGGCAUGCAUAACAAGAACAAAUGCUAUCGAAACAUCACUUGAAACUUUGGAAAGCAAUAUUAGAACAGUUGAUGGUUUAAUGCUCGAAGCAAAAGGAAAGGUUGGUGCUAGUAUUCAAAAAGAUUAUGUCAAGCGUCAGAAAAUUCCAGAAAAUAUUCAAUACAAUCAAUCAUUCGAAAUAAAUGAACCAGUAAAAAUAAAUUACGGAAAUUUUGACGAACAGCCCCAGAGUGGAGAGAAAAUUAAUUUUGAUGUGCUUGAACCUAUUGGUAUGUCAUUCAAAAACACUAUAACUGAUGUUCCUGAAGUUCAAUUGAUUUAUCCAAAAAUUCGAGAAAACUGGACGUUACAUGAAGAAUUUUUCAGGGGUAAAUAG